CCCCACCAUCCCACAUAUAUGUAUAUAUAUAUCCACUCCAAUUCUGCAUCCCCUUCAUCUCCUUCCAACUCCUUUUUCCACUCAACCUUUUAGAAUCUCACAACAUUCCACAAUGAAGGUCUACGCUCUCCUCGCCCUCCUCCCGGCCCUGGCUGUCGUUGCUGAGCCCGUUCCCGCUCCCGAAGCCCCCGUCUUUCAGUUUGGCAAGCCUGCUGUGGGCAGGGCCAACAUUGCCGAGAUUGACCCCCGUCAAUUGAGCUCUUUGACUAGUGCUGCUGGGGCUGCUGGGUCUUUGACCUCCAAGGCGGGCUCUGCUAUCAACAGUGCUACAGGCGGAUCGGCCUCCGAUUCUUCCUCUGGGUCGGCAACAGACAGCGCCUCGUCUGGAAGUGCUACCGACUCGGCUUCAUCUGGAAGUGCUACUAACUCGGCUUCGUCUGGAUCGGAAUCUGCUAGCUCGGCAGCCUCCUCUGCUUCGUCUGGAGCGUCUUCCGGAUCUAGCAGCGCCGCCUCUGACGCCUCUUCCGGAGCUUCAUCUGCUACCUCGAGCGGUGGUGGAAUUAUAAACUCUUUGACCAGCCAGGCUGGAAGUGCUACAAGUGCUGCUGGAUCUGCCGCGUGAGUAAACGUCAUAUUUGAGGGCUAUAACUGACAAUACCAUAGCGGAGGUGCCACGUCAUCGGCUGCAAGCGCUGCCACUGGAUCCGCCGCCAACCCCGUUGCCCUCGUUGGCCAGGCUGGUGUCUGGACUGGCGUUAUGGCCGGUGUCGGUCUUGUUAUCGGUGCUGGUACUGUCUGGGCUUAAGACGUUUGUAGGCUCGGGGAUGCUUGUCAGAAGUCAAAGAUGUUGUGUUAAAAUAUCGAUAAUGCAGCCAAACAUGCAGCUUGUAAUCAGGA